GGAUUCCUUGAGAAAAAAAUAGUUAACUAAGAGUGAUUUCCUGCUUGAAAGACUGAAAGCAGAACUGUUAAAAGGAAGCAUUAAUUUUUUUCCUCAUUCUACAAACUAUUAAGCUCACAGUUAGAGGACAGCAGAAGAGAGAGAGUCAUGCUCAUCAGAAGUCUGCUGCUCAGAGCUGCCCAUGAUGGGACGAUCCUGCUGAAGGUCCGUCAGAGAUGCUCUUCAGUGUGGAGAGAGACUCAUCACUGCUCGGCUUUAGUUUACAGAGAACACUCACAUGACAUCGAUACUGUCAGGAUGGAGCAGCUGCUGUUGCCUCCAGUGAAAGACGGCUCCGUGAGAGUCCGCAUGCUGGCGGCUCCUGUCAAUCCUGCAGACAUGAACAUGAUCCAGGGUUCGUACCAAAUCUUGUGCCCCCUCCCGGCGGUGGGGGGGAAUGAGGGCGUGGGAGAGGUGCUGGAGGUGGGCAGUGAUGUCACAUCUCUCCGACCUGGGGAUUGGGUCGUGCCCAUAGAUGCUGGCUUUGGCACAUGGAGGACAGGAGCUGUGUGUGAAGAGGAUGAGCUCAUAUCUGUUCCUAAAGACAUCUCUCUUCUGGGGGCCGCCACUGUCUUCGUGAACCCCUGCACUGCCUACAGGAUGCUGCGCGACUUCCAAACGCUCACCCCUGGCUGUACAGUGAUUCAGAACGCCGCUAACAGCGCAGUGGGACAGGCUGUGAUUCAGAUCGCCGCGGCACUGGGCCUGAAGACCAUCAACAUCAUCAGAGACAGACCAAACUGUGCAGAGCUGAUCGAUGAGCUUCAGUCACUGGGAGCUGAUUAUGUCAUCACAGAAGAGGAAGUGAUGUCAUCAGGGCUUCAUCAGGUCUUUGAGGAGGUUCCCAAACCUAAACUGGGCCUGAACUGUGUCGGGGGCUUGAGCGGAGGACUUGUGCUGUCUAAUCUUGAUUAUGGAGGAACGAUGGUCACAUACGGAGGGAUGGCCAAAAGACCCCUCCAGAUCCCUGCUAAAUCCUUCAUAUUCCACAAUGUGACUCUAAAGGGCUUCUGGCUGACCAAGUGGAAAAGACGCCACAGAGAAGAUAAAGCCCAGCUGAAGGCCAUGUUGGAUGCUGUGUGUGACCUCAUGAGAGCCGGACAGCUGUCCACACCACACUGCGUCCAGACGCCAUUUCAGCACUACACACGGGCGCUGCGAGCUACUGUACAAUCACACAGCCGCAAACACGUUCUCAUCAUGUAGAUGCUGUGUUCUUCUGAUCGUCUGCAGAUACACAUGCUUGUUCACAUUAAAGGUGCCCUCGAAUGAAAAA